AUGGAGACGGCUAUCGGCACAGCGGGCUGGCUUGUUGGCAAGGUGCUGAAUAAGCUGUCCGAUGACUUGGUGGCUGCGUAUGUGGCCAGCUCUGAGCUUGGCCUCAACUCCGAGCAGAUCAAUACCAACCUCAAGUACAUGCAAGGCCUGCUGCACGUAGCGCAGGACAGGGAUGUGAGCAGCAACCCUGGCCUGCAGAGCUUGCUGGAGGACCUGAGCAAGAAGGCUGAUGAGGCUGAGGACGCACUGGACGAGCUCCACUACUUCAUGAUCCAGGACAAGUUGGACGGCACCCAGGAGGCAGCCCCGGAGCUUGGGGAUGGCAUCCGCGCUCAUGCUCUCCAUACUGGCCAUGCUGCUCGCCACACUUUCGGUAACUGGCUUCCAUGCUUUUCUUGCUCACGUACACAAGAUGAUGAUUGCGCUACUCCUAUUGCUACUGCAAGUAGCCCACACAAUGCAACCAAGGUUGAUAGUGGUAAUGAUGAUGGCUAUGUUAUGAAGUUGAAAUUCGAUAGAGUGGCCAUGUCCAAUAAAAUCAAGUCAGUGAUAGAGAGCAUACACAACCUGUGUGAUCCUGUCUCUGAUUUGCUGAAUAAAAUCCCACACAAUAAUACAACUAUCACACUCCAAAGGCCCCACACGGGUUCAAUAGUUGCACAAGAUAAACUGUAUGGGAGGGGUGCCAUUUUGGAGAAAACUGUAAAUGCUCUGACCAAUGGCACAUAUGAUGGUGAAACACUUCCUGUUCUGCCUAUUGUCGGCCCUGGGGGUAUUGGAAAGACAACCUUCACCCAACACUUGUAUAAUGAUGAAAGAAUUAUGAGACACUUCAAUGUCAGGGUUUGGGUAUGUGUCUCAACUGACUUUGAUUUGCUAAACCUUACACGGCAGAUACUUGGAUGCAUGCCUGCAAUUGAAAAAGAAGAACACAAAUGCACAGUUGAAACAGCCAAUUUAGACCAGCUUCAGAAAUCCAUUGCAGAGAGACUGAAGUCCAAAAGGUUUUUAAUUGUCUUGGAUGAUAUUUGGAAAUGCAACAGUGAAAGUGAUUGGAAUAACCUAUUAGCUCCAUUUAAAAUGGGGGGAACAAAGGGCAACAUGGUUCUUGUCACCACUAGAUUUCCCUCCAUAGCACAUAUGGUGAAAGUGAAAACAACUAAUCCAGUAGAACUGCAUGGUCUGGAGCCUAAUGACUUCCUGGAAUUCUUUGAAGCAUGCAUAUUUGGUAAUAGCAAACCUGGGCAUUAUGAAGACGACUUAACUGAUGUUGCAAGAGAUAUUGCUAAGAAACUAAAGGGUUCACCACUAGCAGCCAAUACAGUCGGCCGGUUAUUGAGGAAAAACCUUUCUCGGGAUUAUUGGAUUGGAGUUCUUGAAAAUAAUGAGUGGCAAAAUACACAAAAUGACGAUGAUAUUAUGUCUUCUCUGAAAAUUAGCUAUGAUUACCUUCCUUUCCGUCUAAAAAAAUGUUUUUCAUAUUGUUCACUCUUCCCUGAGGAUUAUGAGUUUGAUAAUUUAGAGAUUACUAGAUUUUGGACCGUGAUAGGUAUCUUAGACUCUACUUGCCGAAACAAUAAGAAUUAUUUAGAAGAACUAGUGGAGAAUGGUUUUCUUGUGAAGGGAGUUGUCAAAUCUAAUGAUCAAUACUAUGUGAUGCAUGAUUUACUGCAUGAACUAUCCCGUAAUGUUUCAUCACAAGAAUGUUUCAAUAUAAGUAGUUUAAAUUUUAGCGUUGAUAACAUCCCACAAUCUAUUCGACACUUAUCAAUCACCAUAGAAGAUAUAUACGAUGAAAGUUUUGAAGAAGAAAUGGGUAAACUGAAGGGAAGGAUACACAUUGGAAAUUUGCGGACAUUGAUGAUUUUUGGGUUACAUAAUGCAAGAGUAGCUAAUAUUUUUAAAGACUUGUUUGAAGAAAUAAAGGGUCUCCGAGUAUUAUUUAUAGGAAUUAACACCCCAAAAACUCUGCCAAAUAGCUUUUUAAAACUUAUCCACCUGCAAUACCUUAAGAUUAGUUCACCCCGUUAUAAGUUUGAAGAAAUGACUUUACCUACCACAUUGUCUAGACUUUACCACUUAAAAUUCCUAGACCUAGAGGAUUGGAAUGGUAGUACAGAGUUGCCUAGAGACAUUAACCAUCUUGUGAAUUUAUGCCAUUUCCAUUCUUCCAAAGAACUCCAUUCCCAUAUUCUUGAGGUCGGAAAGAUGAAGUGUUUACAGGAGAUAAAAGAGUUCCAUGUUAAGAAAGAGGUUGUUGGCUUUGAAUUGAGUGAGCUGGCGGAAUUGGCAGAGCUAGGAGGAGAGCUCCGCAUAUGUAAUCUUGACACUGUGACAUCCAAAGGAGAAGCUAGUGCUGCUAAACUGAAGAAUAAAAAGAAUCUAAAAGGGCUGGAAUUAGUUUGGGGUACAAAGCACCAAACCAUAAAUGAUGAUGUUCUUGAUGGUCUUCAACCACACCCUAAUCUUAGGGUGCUUGGCAUUAUAAAUCCUGGUGUUGCUCCUUGUCCUAGAUGGUUGUGUGGUGACAGUAGCACAAAAAGGUUGGAAGCUCUUCAUCUAGAGGGUCUAUCUUGGGGUACUCUUCCACCUUUUGAGAGGCUACGACACCUCACCAGUCUCACUUUGAACAAUAUUGUUGGGAUGAGUGUGUUUGGGCCUGGCUUUAGUGGUGUUACAGAAAAAAGCUUCAUGCACUUGACGGCAAUUGUGUUUGAAAAUAUGCCAGGACUUGUCAAGUGGGUCGGGGAGCCUAAUAGCCCUCUGUUUUCAAGGCUUGAAAGCAUCAAGUUUGAACGUUGUCCCUUGCUUUGCUCGUUUCCCUUCUUGGAGUGCUCUAACCAUUUUACCAACCUGUGUAGUCUUCAUAUUGAUAACUGCCCUGAGUUGUCUCAGUUCCCACCCAUGCCUCACACUUCCACAGUAACAUAUAUUCUUGUGAAAAAUGAUGGGUCAAGGCUAUUAUAUGAUGGUAAAGUAUUGAGCAUUGAAGGGUAUACCUUGGCUUUGGCUUUCCACAAUAUGAAUAAAGUAGAGGCUAUGUAUAUUACAGAUGUGUCACACAUUUUGUUUUCGGACCUCCAAAAUCUAAAUUCAUUGAGAAGUAUACAUGUCGAUAGAUGCGACGGCAUGUUUUCUGCAGAACAUGAUGACAGUGUUGUCCUCCCUUCAGUUCAGAAUCUUGGUAUAGAGGAAUUAUGUAUUACUGGAGAAGUGUUUUCAAAGGUUUUGAUGUGUUUCCCAGCUCUCUCCCAGCUUACCAUCAAGGACUGUGAGGGUCUUGAAUUUCUGCCUGUGGAGGAUGGAGGACUCUCACACCUCAGGAUGCUCCAAUCAUUAAAAAUAUGGGGUUGUCGGAAGAUGUUCUCUCGGUGGCCCAAGGGAGAAGUAGGUGGUGGAGAUCAUGUCAUCAAGCCUUUCCCUACUUCCCUCAAGGAACUUGAUAUUUCCUUCAUGUCAAGCAUGCAGUCAAUGGGUCUGCUCUCAAACCUCACGUCUCUCACAAAUCUAAGGCUGGUAAGUUGUGAAGAAUUAACAAUGGAUGGCUUCAAUCCUCUCAUCACAGUCAACCUCAAGAAACUGACCGUAGAUGCUAUGCAUGAUGGACAAGGGUACAUCUCUAUAGUAGGGGAUCUGCUGUCAGAGAUUGCAAGUAGCAAAUUAAUGCACAGAGGUUCGUUCCAGCUGGAAGAAAUUGUGGUGGAUAGCAUCUCGGCAGUGCUUACUGCUCCUGUUUGCAGCCAUCUUGCCGCUAGCCUCCACACAUUGACGUUCAGUAAUGAUGAAAGGGCGACAACCUUUACAGAAGAGCAAGAGCAAGCACUGCAGCUCCUCACCUCCCUCAAAUAUCUAGAAUUUCGAGACUGCCAUAAUCUGCAGUCCCUCCCUCAAGGAUUACGUGGCCUUUCUUCUCUCAAGGCACUACGAAUCUUCAUUUGUACGGAAAUCCUAUGCCUGCCGCCCAAGGAGGGCCUCCCAACCUCACUGGGAAAUCUGAACCUAUGGCGUUGUGGUUCUGAGCUAACUGAGCAAGCCAGAAGACUGAAAGAAAGUGACACAUGGUUUUCUGAACUAAACCAGGGAGGAGCAGCGAGAGCGCUGGAUGGGAAUCUUGGCCACUCCCUCUCGGAUCUGGGGGUUUCCCUGCUCCCCUCCCCUCUCUCUCCCAGCGCCGCCGAUGGGGCACGAGGGCGGCGGUGGAGCGGAACUAUGGCGGCCAGCCGGGGAUCGUUGAGGGGUUGCACAAUCGUAGUGAGCUGGUCGAUAUCCGGCCCGACCGUAGAUGUGCCUUUUCAGCGUUGGGGAGCUAGCUAG